UUGUCUUGUUUCUUAUUUCUUUCAUAUAUAUCAGAGCUCAAAGCACUUUUCUACACUAGCUAAUUCACCUUUCUUCCCUCUUGUUGAAUCUUGUAAUCCUCAUCAUCAUUAUCAUCAUCUUUGUGAGAUCACUCUUGUUUUUCGAUAGUCAAGUUGAGGAUUUAAUAUGGGAAAAACUCCUUGUUGUGAAAAAAAUGGACUGAAAAAGGGUCCAUGGACACCAGAGGAAGAUCAGGCUUUGAUUGAUCACAUUAAAAAGAAUGGUCAUGGUAGAUGGAGAACCCUUCCCAAAAAUGCAGGACUAAAAAGAUGCGGAAAAAGUUGUCGACUUCGGUGGACUAACUAUUUGAGACCAGACAUUAAGCGAGGAAGGUUCUCAUUUGAAGAAGAAGAGGCCAUAAUUCAAUUACACAGUGUAUUGGGAAACAAGUGGUCUGCAAUUGCAGCUCGAUUGCCAGGAAGAACCGACAAUGAAAUAAAAAAUUAUUGGAAUACCCACAUCAGAAAGAGGCUAUUGAAGAUGGGAAUUGAUCCAGUGACUCACACCCCACGCCUUGAUCUUCUGGAGCUCUCGUCACUGCUCAACUCAACUCUCUGCAACUCUCAGCUCAGUUAUUUAAUUAAUAGCUAUAAUAACAAUAAUCUGCUAGGAAACAUGGGAUCACCUCUAGUGAAUAAUCAAAACUUGCUUACCUUGACCUCAGCUCUCUUAUCAAACCAGCCAAAAACUAUGCCACAAAACAUUGUUCAAGACCAAAACCAACUCUAUGAUGAUAAUAGCUACAGUAAUAUUUCCCAUGAACAAAAUGAUCAAUCUCAAUAUUGUGAUCAACAAGGUCAGUUCCCAUUUCUAAACGAAACCCAAUUCAUGCAAUCCAAAAUGGAGCAAUUCUCUCAAAGCACUACUCACCAUGAUGAUCAAUAUCAUCAAAACCUUGAUCAGUGUCAUUCUUUGAAUCAGGGUUUAGUCACAGGUGUAGAGAAUACUACUAUUGCUACUAGUUUUGCUCCCAUGGGAGUGACUAGUAACGGCUAUAAUCAUCAUCGGGAUAUUUCGGUCCAAUCUUCGACUUCGACUUCGACCACGUCAUCGAUGCUCAACUCUUCGCCGGCCGAAAGCUACUGGCCGGAGCUUGUUUAUUCCAGUAAUAAUAUUAUUGGUCAGACUCGCACGAAUAUGAUGACACCAAUAAAUAAUACCAUGAGUUUUGGUACAUCAUCACUUCUGUCAACGCCUUCAUCGUCUAGUACAGUACCAGCCAAUACUUAUAAUAACUUGAACAGUGGCAGCACUACCACUACCACUACUACUACUACUCAUGAAGAUGAGAGGGAUAGUUUCUGUAGCAAUUUCUUGAUGUAUCAUGAUAUAGCAAAUGCCUUUAAUGGCCAUGAACUUAUUAUGUAACAGAUUUGUGUAAUACUUUAUUUCUUGUCUUAUAUAUGCCUUUAAAAGUGGCAUGAACUAGUGUUAAUUUGUGUUUUUCUGUUUUAUAUUAUUUGAUUUUGUUUAAUUAUCACAUUAUCAGCUACACAUUUAUGGUAGUUAUAAUGAGAAAUAAACUAAUUAGUUUUUAUUAAGGUUGAUAUAUAAGUUGUGACUUUAAUU